GCACAAUGGACUCCUGAUUGCACCCAAGACAUUCCUGAAUCCAUCAUCCCGAUCAGGCAUGUUGACAUCACUACCGGUAUACCGGUGGAUGAAAGCACCUACGACGUGAUCUAUAAGUCGAUUCACUUACCAGGCGGUGAGGCAAUCGGUAUGCUGACAACCGCAGGUCAAAGGGACCUGUACAAUUUGGGUGGUCGUCUGCGUAAGGACUACGUUGGUGCUGAAAGUAUUCUGUCCGAUCCUCCAAAGCUUUCGGAAAUAGAGGCUCGAUCAACUCGUGUGGGGCGUAACAUAAAGUCUCUUCGAGCUCUCGUGGCAGGACUGACUAAGGGACAAGUUAAUGGUGAAUUGUUUUUCGCUUUCGAAUGGCUCUACUUACAGUGUGAACCUCUCCCAUUCUCAAUGCACAUUGUGGCGUUUUCAGGCACUCUCGUGGUCUCCUCCAUGGCGUUCGAAAAUGAGGUACUCUUCCCAAAUCCCAAGACUUUCACGAAUACACCCUUUGACGAAGGCACUGAGGAACUGCGAAACGACUCUUCUCUUUCCGCAUUGAAGGAGAAAAUUAAAGAGGCUCUGAAGGUGGAUCGACUCGUGGACGAAUUAAACACUGAUGGAAUGAAGUACACAGAAGACUGUCAAGUCUACUACGUGCGAGACGACUACAUUGCACGCAAACACAACGGAUUCCCUAUCCCAGAGGCAUUGGAAGCUCUUCAACCGGAAAUGGAUCACUACGCCUCGGUGGAGUUGCUGAGUGAACUUCUUGGAAAACGAGAAAAUUGGAUUGAAAAUUUGCCUGUCAACAUUGGACCGAUCCUGUACAUCAUCCUCUCAAAGAUGCACAAAUAUGCCAGAAUUCCACCGCUGCAAUUGUUUGCUGUUCAUGAUUCCACCAUUCUUCCUAUGCUCCUGGCUCUCGAAUACAGCGAAGAGAUAUGGCCUCCUUUCGGUGCAGAUAUUACAUUUGAAUUGUACAUCCAAGUUCUGGGUCCCUCCAACAAUCAAUCUCCUCUGAAAAAGGAGCUAACCCAUCCAGCAGACGCAUCACACUCCCGCAUUGAUUGGUCCACUAUUCAAGUGAACCAUCUGUGGGUGAGAGUAUGCUAUCUCGGUCGUCCACUACCUCUAGCCUCGAUGUGGUGUGCUAGAGAUGAUGUCGUACAUCAGUUGACAGGCUCAGAGGAAUACGUGCCAUUGCUACAUCUUGUGAGCAAGUUGACUCCGUUGGCGUUAUCGAUGAAGGAUUUUAGAGCCAAAUGUCAAGCUAUUGCGAUGAAGGCGAACUCGGGAGGUGUAAAAGAAGAGAAACGAGGUCCUAAAAACCUGUAG